GUAAUGAAUGUUAGAUGAAAAGGAGAGAACUCGACAAGUGAAGUGCAGCUACUGCCUCCACAUCAACUACCAUUCUCAUUCUCUUCAACUACCACAUCUUAUAUAUAUUAUUCACACCGUCAAUUAAACUCCUUAAUUUUAUUUUAAUUCCCUAGCUAGCCCAAUACACCAUACAUAUUUAAUAAUUGUAUUGUUUUGUAUGUCGCAAAGGAGUCCACGGCGAAGAUCGCCGUUGAUCACGUCCCGGAGAAGUAAGCCGCCGCAUCCAUCGCCGUCGCCUCGUCGGAGGUCGAAUAAGUCAAAGCCUGUCAAGAUCUUGAAGCGUUGCUCGUCGGCGCCUCUGCUUUCGCGGCGAGAUGAUUUUGAUGGUCAUUUUUGGGGGAACGGUGGGACGCUUUUCCGUCCUCAAACGUUUUCGGAUGCUUUUGUAUCUUCCCCUUCUCUGUUUGCUUCCUCUCCACAAAAUCACAGUAACGAGAUAAGGGGGUACGACAAGGAAGCUAAGGUGGUAGUUAAUGUGAGCGUUGAAGGAAGUCCAGGACCAGUCCGAACGAUGGUUAAAUUGGGUUCCAGUGUGGAGGAGACAAUAAGGCACGUGGUCGAUAAAUAUAGCGAAGAAGGAAGGAGCCCUAAGAUCGAUCCUUAUGCAUCUUCAUUCCAAUUGCAUUACUCCUAUUUCAGUCUCCAAAGUUUGGACAAAUCAGAAGUCAUUGGGGAUGUCGGUAGUAGAAAUUUUUAUCUGCAAAAGAGUAAUGGUGCAUCUACUUCGAAUUCAUUUCAUUCGGAAAGUGCUCAUGAAUUAGUCACAAGUAGCACUGCUCCAUCCAUUGCAACCCCUCCAUUGUUACUUCAGUCUUUUAUUGCCCGGAAGAUUAGCAAAAUUGUAAGAAGAGCUCAAAGGCUUUGGAAGAUUGUGGUUUGCUCGCAAUGAGGGACAACAAAAAACCCCGCAGUAUUUUGGGCUACUUUAACCAAUGACAAAAAAGCAACCAUUUUUUAUCAGUUGCUUUUCAAGUUUCAACCCUUCAUCUCCACUUUUUCUGUACGAUUUAUAUAUAUUCAUUCAAAUUGUAAAUCAAAAGACAUGGUUAUUGGCUUCGUAAGUUUUUCAGUGAAU